GUCCACAAUUUUAUGGGUCCCACUGUACUUUAGGAACCCUGCAUGCCCAGGAAGGUCUACGAGGUUUAACCUCUGGUAUUCUACCAACCCUACUCCGUGAUGUUCCCUUCUCUGGUCUCUACCUCAUGUUUUACACUCAACUCAAAUCCAGACUAAAAUCAGCUGAUCUAGAAAAUCCGGGAAACCAAAUCAGAAAAAUCUUCGAAAGUUCCGAGUUGCGGAAUUUUGGUUGCGGACUGUGGUCAGGGGCUCUAGCCUGCCUUGUUACACAUCCUGUUGAUGUGAUAAAGACGAAGAUUCAAGUGUCCACGCCUGUUCUAAAAUCAGGACAUGUUGUAGCGGACAUAUUUAGAAAUGAUGGAAUAGGUGGAUUCUUCCAUGGUCUGAUCCCUCGGCUACUCAGAAGAUCCCUCAUGGCUGCAAUAUCUUGGAGCGUUUACGAGAACUUGUCCGUUUUAAUCCAAAGAUAGAUAUAUAGAUUUAUAAAUUAACAGAAAUUAUAUAUAUAUAUAUAUAUAUAAAAUUACUAUGGAAUAGAGAAACAAAUGGAAGCAAGAUAUAGAAAAUCUCCUGGUGCCUAAAACCAAAUUUAAUUUUUAAUUGUUUUGAAAGCUUUAAUUUUUAAAACUCUAAAUGGGUCUCUAAAGAUAAGAUGAAACUAAAAUUUCUAGUCAAAAUCAUCAAUUUUAGUAA